AUGGUUUGCCGUAGAAAGCUAUUGCAAAUAUCAAGGCAUUGUGCGCGAUGGGCACCCGUUCAAAAAGCACCGACAACUAUUUCACCGAAAUUUUUAACUGAAUUUAAUAGUUUCUAUCCCAGACUCAUCGACUCGGCGAUGGCUCGUUACAAAUAUUUAAAUGACACACACGUGAAGGACCGAACUAAAAAGAUUUUAGAAUACCAACCCUUAAAAAAAUUAUCUAUUCAAGGAGAGUUACUGCUAUAUAUUUACGAGUUAAUGGAAAAGCCAGAGAAUAUAAACGAGAAAAUGUUGCAUCAAGCUUACACGGUAGCUUCUUUGAUAGAAACGGUUCAAGCGUACUUCAUAAUUCAGGAUGACGUUUUGGACAAUGCGAAAAUGCGAUGCAAAAUGCCGUGUUGGCAUUUACUACCUGACGUAAACCACAUAUGCAUAAAUGACCUAAACUUAAUGCGAUACUUUGCGAAUGAAAUUUUGAGGCAAAAUAUACAUGAAUCCAUUUUCAACAAAUUAGCUGACAUUUUUAACGAGCUGUAUAUGCAAAUAGAAAUAGCACAACACAGAGAUGUAGCACUUCAAAGGUCAAAAGACUACUCGAAGUUCACAAUGGACACCUAUAAUCUUACACAAACUUUUAAGGCGUCGUACUACUGUAUUACUUCAACAAUAAAUAUGGUGUUAUGUAACAAAGCUACUGAGGAAUCAUUAAAGCUUGUAGACGAUAUUUGUAAUGAUUUUGGAGUAGUCUUUCAGAUUCACAAUGAUUUUACCGAUUAUCUCGAUAGUGAUGCUUCAAUAUCGGGUAAAUCAAGUACAGACAUCCCACUUGGAAAAUGUUCGUGGCCCGCAGUAUCAGCGCUUCUGCAUUGUGACACAAAACAACGCAAAAUUUUUGAAGAAAACUAUGGAAGCUGGGACCCAGAAUGUAUCAAGCGCAUCCGAGAAUUGUACAAGGAACUUAACAUGCCAAAACUUUACAAAGAAGAAAUACAGUCUCGAUAUAACACGUAUAUGCAGAAGGUUAAUGCACUUCCUGAAGACGCUACGCCAUCACCCGACGUCUUUCGUAAAAUUUUAAAUUUUUAUUGCAGUUAUACCUAUGAUGCAUCACGAUAUUAUUAUGUUUAA